UAUAAAGUUAAGCAUUCAAAAUCAGGGUGGAAAUGUGAGAGGAAGCAAGAUUAUUACUGUUUCGGUUUGGCCUUGCCAAAUGCUAGCAGCUACAGGCAAUACAGCUCAUUUGAAAUAGAAACCUACUUCCAUCCGGUAUUUUUUUUAAGAUUUCCAGUUAACUUAGAAAAGAUACCUUGUUACAUUACUAAGAGACGAUUUCCAAUUACAUUUGCAGAUUCUGACCACACACCUUAAGUGUUCCAUUCAGGAAACAUUUGUAUCCAAUGAUACGUAAACCUGCUGUUUCGUUUUGAGACUCUGUGAAGCAUAUUAAACAUGGCAAGACCACAAACUCACACUGACAGACCUACCAAGGCAUAUGAUGUUAUGAUCAUUAUCAUCAUAGUUGGCUUAUUAUUCUGUACGGUUUUACUUAACCUAAAUAUCCUGGAAACUCAACUAAAAAUACAAAAAGAUAACCUGCAAAGCCAACUGCAUAAUCAGAAAGAUGAUCUGCAAAGGCAACUGCAAAACCAGAAAGAUGACCUGGAAAUUCAACUUCAAAAGCAUAAAGAUUACCUGCAAAAGCAACUACAAAAUCAGAAAGAUGAUUUGGGCAUGCAGCUACAAAAGCAGAUAGAUGGGCAACUACAAAACCAGACAGAUGAACAGAAAUAUGACCACAUUGAAUUAGAAAUUCGUGAACUUUACAUUGAACUGGGGAUGAAAGGAAUUGUUCUUGAAAAAGUUUGGAAGAAAAUGCAGGAGGCAGAAGCUGACAAUUCCAACCAGCCAUCAUUUAAAACAUCUGUAACAGAUUUCAUAGGAGGAGGUGUUCUCAUCUUUCUUGUUUGUCUCGCAUGUUUCAUUUGCAAAAAAAAAUCAAGAAAUGACCAACAAAUACAACAGCAGAAUCCAUUAGAUGAUGAACAAAUGCCACUGCGAAAUCAAUUAGAUGAUGAACAAAUGCCACUGCAAAAUCAAUUAGAUGAUGAACAAAUGCCACUACAAAAUCAAUUAGAUGUACUAAAACAGAAGUAUGACUGCCUUGAAUUAGAAAUUAAUGAACUUUACAUUGAACUGGAGAAGAAAGGAAUUGUCCUUGAUAAAGUUUGGAAACAAAUGCAGGAAGCAGAAGUUGAUAUUAUCCUUAAACAAGAGGCAGCACACGCUGAAAUAUCUGUAGACGCUGAUGGAGAACUUCUGAGAUUCAAUGGAUUUACAAUUGGCUCAGAUAAAUGGUACUGUGUUACAGGCAAUGAGAUUAUAAAUUCAGUAGAAAAUCACAAAAAAUAUUACUGGGAGGUAGAGGUUGGUGGAAAGAGCAGCUGGGCAAUUGGACUGGCAUCUCAGAGCAUUAAAGAGAUGGAACUCAUUCAUAGGACCCCAAAAAGUGGAUUCUGGAUUAUGCAGCUGUUUGAAAAAAAAUUAAGUGCAGUCUCCAGCACUGUCACUGAAAUUCAACGUAGACUAAAUAAAGUGGGGGUGUACCUAAGAUGGGGGAACUUAAGUUUUUAUGAUCUAGAGACAAAAGAGCACAUGCACACAUUUUACAUUGAUCGCUAUAAGAGUUUGUAUACUGUGUUUAGCCCAGGAUCAGAUGACAAAGUACCCUUAAUAAUUAAAAAAAAAACAACUGUUGUGCUUAGUACUGCUCAGGAUGAGGAUGGCAUAGCUUAAAACCCUCCAUUCACAAUAAUAAAGUCUAUCAGGUGGAUCAUUUUUUGCUUGCCCACUUGUCUGUAGCUGCCUUAACUCACUAAAAGUUCAAUGGAAUCUUCAUAACUAGUUAUUUGUAGAUCACUUAACCUCUUUGGCGGUAACCUGGUGCAUCCUUUGUGCUCAGAAUUCUAAGUAAAUAUGUUUAGGCUCAUAUGUGUCUCGUGGCAGGACAGUAUUCUACAGGCAUCUAGUGGAUAAAGUAACAUCAUGUAAGAAAAACAUCAUGAAUGUUUCUAUGCGUUUUGCCGCUCUAUGGUAACUCAUCAGUAUUUGUGAGUGAGAGUGACCCUUCAACCAAAACACACAUUAGAAUGUAAAUGAAAAAAUGUAAGUUCAGUUUUAGAACAAACUGAAACUGAACCAUUAGUUGAAUAAAGGGAUAUUGGUGACAGUGUGAUUUGGUCAUCAGACAUUAACACAAAAAGUGAAACUGAUGCAUACAGCUUUGUGCAACCAAACCACCAUGAUGUGUCUGGUGACUUUGGCCACAUGAAACUUCAGCGUAAGCAUGUUAGGUGCAUGGCAAAAAGGUAAAUUAAUUGCAAUCAAGUGGAAGGACCAGAAAGGUGUUAGGCCCCUAAGCACUGUUCACAGAGCAGCAACUGUCAAUGUUGAUGUCAGGGAAUGUAGAAGUCACUAAACUUAGCGCUUAGUGGUGUGCAUCAAUUGUGCGGAUCGGACACUGACAUUCUACCCUCUCAUGUGCUAACAAUAGAAAAAAUAUUAUAAGAAAAUGUGCAAUGAAAUUCGCUGUGCAUUGGUGACUGUAUUAAAACAUAUCACAUGGAGGACAUGUAGUAAAUCAUCAUCAGUACGGCAGUAGACACUAGACAAACAUUUCCUACUGCAUUUAUGUUAACAGUCUGGUAUUAACAAGUUUCUGUUGCACAUAAGAUUUUUUCUUGUUGGAGAAAUUUAUGUUUUUGGUUCAUUUGUUUGGGUGGUAAACAUAACGCUAAGGAGGUUACAAAGAAGUGAGCGAUCACGCUUAGUUUCACAAUCAGAUGUGAUUCUGGCCCGUGCAGGUAAGGUGGAUUGGCAAAUCUAAAUUGACCCUUGUGUGUGUGUGUUUGCACGGGUGUGUGUGUGUGUGUGUGUGUGUGUGUGUGUGUGUGGGAGAGAGGGCGUUCACUCUGCAUUAGACUGGUGCCCUGUCCUGGGGUUGUUAUUCUUCCAGUCUGAUGCUUUUUCCCUGUGACCCUGCUCUGCACAAGUUGGUUUGAAAGGAGGCAUAUAUUAAUUGUGGUUUUAGUUUUAGUUGUUAUGGUAUAGUUAAAUAGAUAUUAUGGAGUUUCGUUUUGAGCUGGAAUCAGACAGAACUGUAGACAUAAAGAUAAUUUCUCCUCAGGGACUAAUACUUUGUACUAAAUAAAAAAGAAAGAGUUUUGGAUAUAUUAUUGUUUAGUGCUACUAGAAGCCUCCAGGUGUAUCCUGUUAAAUGUAAAACUAAAUUAAAACCCAAUACUAAAAGAGAAAAAUUGCAAGAUACUUAUAUUUUUGAUCCUUUGUGCUAUACAAAAUGCAGUUUUCAAUGCAAACUAUCAGUCCAGAUUUAACUGGAAUAGAGCAAACAAAUGGCUAAAGCAGCUUGUUACAGCAAAAAUGUAAAGGAGAGGAUUAGUUCUUUCUCCUUUGUACAAUUCACUUUUCUACAGUCCCACCGUAACAUUGAUUCGUGUAGCAGAUGUCAUGUUAAAUCCUGGGUUGAGAGAUGCAGCAAUAUUUUCUGUAUAUAAGCACAUAGCAUAGCCUUGUAGGCACACUACUUUUUUAUGUUUGAGUUCCUUCUACAAGCACAAUUUAACGUUUUCUGACUUGUAUUAUGUACAAUUGAACUUUUAUAUACCUGUAUGAUCUUAUUGUUGGCAAUUUUCAACCUUUUUUUUCUUUUCUAGAAACAGGUUGUAAGUUGAUUUGUGAUGGCUCUGUAAGGUGUGUGUGGUUAUUAUGCUGUUAUUUUCAGGCAAGCAUUGCCACUUUCAGUGUUGUAUUUAAUGAUAAUCCUAUACAUAGUAGGGUCAUUUUUCUAUAAGCCAUGUUGAUAUC